AUUCGAAUUCCUGCUGACAGAUGCCAAAAAAAUUAGGUGGUGGUUAAAUUUAGAGGAACCUGUGACGUGCGCCGAAGCCGCCGCCGCAGCAACCGCCCGUUUCGUAACAGUAGGAGAAUAAUCGAAUUCGGCGGAAAACACAAUAGAUCCGCGAAAAUCCCAGCACUCUGAUUGGUAGCAACAGACAUCAGUGAUUCACUUCUUUUCGCGCCCCUCCCUCUCGCUCUUUCACUUAACCUAGUUUUCAGUUCAAGGCUAAUUUGAGAUAUGCAUAGGGCCCACACGAUAUACAAGACCCUGACUGGGCCUCAGGGACAGCGCAUGGGGGCAUGGCUGCUGACCAAGAAGUCAACUGCACCAGUGGCAUGUGCUGGCCAACAGCUCAGGGUGUAUACCACCCCAGUCACCUCCGAGCCCUUCCUCAAUGGCAGCUCCAGCGCCUAUGUUGAGGAUAUGUACAAUGCAUGGUUGGCUGAUCCCUCCAGUGUCCAUGUGUCAUGGGAUUCGUUCUUCAGGAAUUCUCAGGAAGGCGGUCCUGGUUACCAAUCGCCGCCCAGUCUCGCCCCAAUGGGCAGAAACGAGAUGAGCAUUGCCUCCUUCCUCCCGGCCGUUGGGGGCGGUGGCGGCGGCGCCGUUGGUGGCGCCAUCUCCGAGAAAACGAUCGAUGACCAUCUGGCCGUGCAAGCCAUCAUCAGGAGUUACCAGAUUCGUGGGCAUCACAUUGCCAAGUUGGACCCGCUGGGCAUCAACAGUGCCGAUCUGGACGACAAGACGCCGCCGGAACUCCUCUAUUCCCAUUACAACUUCGCGAGGGACGGUCCGUCCCGUACCUACUCCCAAGAACUGGUGCGGCAAGUACAAGAGUUAACGAAAAAGGAGACCGACAUGGACCGCAGCUUCAAGUUGCCAUCGACGACUUUCAUCGGCGGAAAGGAUAAGCAGUUGCCGCUCAGGGAAAUCCUCAGGCGUCUUGAGUUGACUUACUGCCGUCACAUCGGUGUUGAAUUCAUGUUCAUCAACAGUCUGGAACAAUGCAAUUGGAUUAGGGAGCGCAUGGAGACGCCCGACAUAAUGAAGAUCUCCCCCGAACAGAAGCGUCUCAUCCUCGCCAGAUUGACCAGAGCUACUGGAUUCGAAGCUUUCUUGGCCAAGAAGUGGUCCUCGGAGAAGCGUUUCGGUCUGGAGGGUUGCGAGAUUUUGAUCCCAGCCAUGAAACAGGUCAUUGACAGGAGCACAGAUUUGGGCGUAGAGAGCAUCGUCAUGGGUAUGCCGCAUCGUGGUCGUCUGAACGUGCUCGCCAACGUCUGCCGCAAGCCGCUCAGCCAGAUCUUCACGCAAUUCGCCGGUCUUGAAGCCGAAGAUGACGGCUCUGGUGAUGUCAAGUACCAUUUGGGUACAUACAUCGAACGAUUGAACCGUGUUACGAACAAGAACAUCAGAUUGGCCGUCGUCGCCAAUCCAUCCCAUUUGGAAGCCGUCGAUCCGAUCGUGCAAGGCAAGACCAGGGCCGAGCAGUUCUACAGGGGUGAUGGAGAAGGCAAGAAGGUGAUGUCCGUACUCUUGCACGGUGACGCCGCUUUCAGCGGUCAAGGUGUUGUCUUCGAGACCAUGCACUUGUCCGAUUUGCCCGAGUACACCACUCACGGCACCAUCCACAUCGUCGUCAACAACCAAGUCGGUUUCACCACCGAUCCACGUCACUCGAGGUCAUCCCCGUAUUGUACCGACGUCGCUCGUGUUGUGAACGCACCCAUUUUCCACGUGAACGCCGACGACCCGGAGAGCGUGAUGCACGUGUGCAACAUCGCCGCAGAGUGGCGCGCAACCUUCCACAAGGACGUCGUCAUCGAUUUGGUCAGCUACCGUCGCAACGGACACAACGAGAUCGAUGAACCAAUGUUCACACAACCCCUGAUGUACAAAAAGAUCAAAAAAUUGAAGCCAGGUUUGGACAAGUACUCCGAAUCCCUCAUCAAGGAGGGAGUCGUCACCGCCGCCGAGGUUAAGGACGUCAAGGACAAAUACGAGAAGAUCUGCGAGGAGGCCUUCGACAACGCCCGCAAGGAGACCCAUAUCAAGUACAAGGACUGGCUCGACAGCCCCUGGUCCGGUUUCUUCGAGGGCAAGGACCCGCUGAAGGUUCAACCCACCGGAAUCAAGGAGGACACCCUUCAACACAUCGGCAAGAGAUUCUCCUCUCUGCCACCGAACGCUGCUGAAUUCGUCGUGCACAAGGGUAUCGAGCGUAUCCUGAAGGCGCGCAUGGACAUGGUCGGCAAACGCACCAUCGAUUGGGCUUUGGGAGAAGCCAUGGCUUUCGGUUCUCUUGUAAAGGAUGGUAUUCACGUCCGUCUGUCCGGACAGGACGUCGAGCGCGGUACCUUCUCGCAUCGUCACCACGUCUUGCAUCAUCAGAAUGUCGACAAGGCUACCUACAAGCCGCUGUCCAACCUUUACCCCGACCAGGCACCGUAUACCGUCUGCAACAGCUCCUUGUCCGAGUACGGUGUGCUCGGUUUCGAGCUCGGCUACUCAAUGACCAACCCCAACGCUUUGGUCAUCUGGGAAGCGCAGUUCGGUGAUUUUAACAACACCGCCCAGUGUAUCAUCGAUCAGUUCAUCUCAUCUGGUCAAGCCAAAUGGGUGCGCCAGAGCGGCCUCGUCUGCCUCCUGCCGCACGCCCUCGAAGGUAUGGGCCCAGAACACUCCAGCGCUCGCGUCGAGCGUUUCCUCCAGAUGUGCUCCGACGAUCCCGACUACUUCCCACCAGAAUCCGAAGAGUUUGCCGUCCGCCAGCUGCACGACAUCAACUGGAUCGUUGCCAACUGCUCCACCCCGGCUAACUUGUUCCACAUCCUCCGCAGGCAGAUCGCUCUGCCAUUCCGCAAACCCCUCAUCCUCCUCACACCCAAGAGUCUUCUGCGUCACCCAGAAGCCCGCAGCAGUUUCGACGAAAUGGUCGAAGGCACCGAAUUCCAGCGCAUCAUCCCCGAGAAGGGACCGGCUGCCGCAAACGCCCAGGGAGUCAAGAAACUCCUGUUCUGCUCCGGCAAAGUCUACUACGACUUCACCAAGGCCCGCAAGGAGAAGGGACUGGAGAAGGACAUCGCCAUCGCCAGGAUGGAACAAGUAUCUCCGUUCCCAUACGAUUUGGUUAAGGCUGAAUGCGCCAAGUAUCCCAACGCCAAGGUCUUCUGGGCCCAGGAGGAACACAAGAACCAAGGACCAUGGACAUACGUGCAGCCGAGAUUCGACACCGCCCUCUCAGGCUCCCGCGACGUCAAUAGACCGAAUGCCACCGAAAGUGGCGGUUGGUUCAGUUCGAUAUUUGGCGGUCGCAAAUCGGCGCCCGAACCAAUCGCGCCGGCCUCCACCGAAACCAAACCACGUACUGUAUGCUACAUCGGUAGAGCUACUGCAGCAAGUCCAUCGACAGGCAGUAAAGCCCAACAUAUGAAGGAAGUCGCCCAGCUGAUGGCCGAUGCCACGGCCCUCAAAUAAGAAGCAUUGGAGAAAUUCUACGUCUUUUUUUAAUUUUAAAGUAUUAAAUUAUUGAAAAAAAAACAUACACUUGUGUACACGCGAAAAGAAAAUGAGACAAAAAAAAAUAUACCUACAUACGAAGAAGAUGUAAUGAAGAGAAAA